AUGUUUUUCUAUUCUCCAAACGUGGCCCCGCAGCCAUCUUCGACAAGUCAUCGGAGACCAACACUGACACAUCAACAUCAUCUUCAUGUCGGACAUUUAGACACUCGUCUCUCAGUUCAAAUCCCCGAAAUAUUGAGUCGAAGUCUGGUGCAUGAUCCAGAAAGAACACGUCUGGUGCCAGAACAGCUCCGUUUCAUAAUAGAUGAGAAUCAAGAACUAUGGACCGGAUCACAACCGCCUACCGGUUUCUUGGAGCUAUGUGCUUCACCUGUUUCUUCUGUAUUCUCAAAUGCAGACGCCAGACGGAUGAGCCAACGAAAAUUAGUACUUCGAAGGCCCACUAUUUCAAUCCAAGAAGAUGGGAAAAUUAUUAUUGAUCAUGUGACAGCUCGGUGGGAAGGUGCAAAUAUCAAUUCACAAUCAGCAUUGCUCGAUGCAGAUGAUGGAGCUACAGUUAUCACAGAUACCAUCAAAGAUGACCAAGAUGAUAAAGAACCAAAAAGCUGCCCGCAACAGACUGUCAAAUACAUCAAAAUACUUACACCUCACGUGAUCUUGGUGUCAGUGUUAAUUGGAUAUUUAUGCUUGGGAGCUUGGAUACUCAUGUUACUGGAAACAAGGACGGAACUUCUUGCCAGAUCCAAAAAACUUGUCAGGUUAACAAAUUUGAUGUCAAACUUCACUGCCGAAAGUUGGAAGAUGCUCAAUAAUGCUCAACACGGGGUUAGUAAUAUGGAUGAAGGUGAAUGGGCUGCAACAUUUCGAGAAUGGAUGGUACGAGUAUCAGAAACAGUGGACGAUAGGAGACCUAUACGACGUGAAUUAAACCGGCCUGAUGACUUAUCAAAUAUGCAUAAUAAAUGGACAUUUCCAACUGCAAUAUUAUAUGUUCUCACUGUGUUAACUACUUGCGGUUAUGGAGAAGUAUCUGUCGACACAGACGUCGGAAAGGUUUUCUCAGUAGCAUUCGCGCUUGUUGGUAUACCACUUAUGUUCAUAACAGCUGCCGAUAUUGGUAAAUUUUUAUCUGAAACAUUACUCCAGUUUGUGAGCUUUUGGAAUCGAAGUGUCCGAAAAGUGAAGCAAUGGAUGAGUCGUAUUCGUCACGGCAGGAGAAAGUCAUUACAAUCAACGGGUGGUCCCAACGAUACUCUCGAUAUUCUUGGUGUCGACGGAACUGAAGAGAAACUUUGGUUCCCAAUAGGUGCAUAUGUAUCAUGUAUUUGCAUAUAUUGCUCAAUUGGGUCUGCCAUGUUUAUCACAUGGGAAAGAACUUGGUCUUUCAUUCAUGCGUUUCAUUUUGGUUUCAAUUUGAUUGUAACAGUCGGACUCGGAGAUAUCGUUGUGACUGAUUACAUAUUUUUAUCACUUAUCGUUGCAUUUGUGAUAGUUGGUCUUUCCGUAGUGACCAUGUGCGUGGAUCUUGCGUCCACACAUCUCAAGGCGUACUUCACCAGAAUUCACUACUUUGGUCGAGCAAAACGAUUCUUAGGAAUGAGUGAGGAACUCAAAGAAAUCGUUGCUUUACUGGGGGCGAUGCGACGGAAAAAAGGCGGUAAAGUUACAUGGAAUGAUGUGCGAGACUUCCUGGAUAACGAACUCCGCGAUCGACCUUUUGAACCUCAUGAGCUUCUGAUGAAGCUCAGAUUUAUUGACGAAACAUCUUCUGGAAUGUCUACAAUCCGUCACAAUUCCUUCCAGUCAGAUUUUUUCCGAGAAUCAGAGUACAUCCGAAGAGUGGCUGCGCUGAGGCCAGAACAGCCAGCAUAUUUGUAACAAAACAACAACAUCUACAGCAAUUACCCAUCAACUGGCAACCACUUAUCUUUUCCAUUUUCUUUCUGUUCAACAAAGCAAUUUCUAGGAUAUUUGGAAUUGUAUCUGCAUUUUUGCCCAAUCUUGUUUGCGACUCAUGCGAACAACUUUUUCUCUUUUAUCUUUCAUUAUAAUUUUUGAAUUUCUGACAACUUGAAAACGGGAACAACAAAAACCUGCUUUAUUUAUUUGAUUCUAUAGAGCCAUCGGAUUUGAAUCAAGAACUUCACAAAACUACAUGAUGACAUAUAUCUCACUAGGGCCUUUUUGCCGUUCACCCUGCCCGCUGCCAUUCACUAUUUUCAAUCUCCUCAAACAAUUUUGAGAACGAACAACAUGAAACCUGAUCUUUCAUUUUUUUUUUAGCAUUUUGUGUUUUGAUAAUUUGUAUGUAAAAAUUACUUGGAUAUCGACACAAAAACUUUAUUAUAUAAAGCAAUUGAAAUCAUA